ACAAGGGAAACAUUGCCCUUUCAAGUUCAGAUGGCGAUCCAUCAUAAUAUCUUGCCCACCUGAGACAGUUGUUUGUCGCCGUGAUCUACUGAGCUAGCUAUCAUGCAUUUAUGGUGAGUCUGUUAUAGAGAAAGACUUAUACGACACGAGUAUUAGACCUGUCAAUGGAUCAGAUUUUGAACUGGAUCCAAUCCGAAUCAAAUGAAAUUAAAAGGACAUGGAUCGAUACUUAUUUUUAUUAUCUGAAUUAGUUUGAAUCUGAUUUUAAAUGGAUGUGGAUAUGGGUUAAGGUUGAUACGAUUCGAUCCAACCUGUUAACAUGUCUAAUGAGUACACUUCCAAGGUGGUGUUAGGUGCCAAUAAAAUAAAGACGUGGAAGUUUUUUUGGCCAAAUUUCAUUGUUUCAUUAGCGCAGAACAUCAUGUGGCGAUGUGUACUUGUUCCCUAAAAGUUGUUCUCCGUCAGAAGGUCGGCCUUGCGUGAUUAUGCUAAAGCUACACCUGUCUUGCUUGCCUUCCCAUUGGGUAUCUGAGUUGUAGCAUGUCAUUCCAGCACAUAGGAAUGCGUAUUCCUGCUAUCGAUUGAUCUCCCAAAAGAGGGGUUUCUUUCUUAUGUUACUAUCGUCGUUGUGGAAAGAGAGGAAUAAUCCCUCUUAUGACAAAGAGGGGAAUAAUCUCUUAUGGCUUGGGGAUUACGGUGAAACGAGCCUUGCUCUCCUGCGCAUUAUUCCACAUAAAAAAACAAAAAACGACAGUUCCGUUCACCCGUGAAAUGCGCGGGAGAGAAUUUCUGAAAAUUUCCUCUUAAGUAAGUAUUCCGUCUUAUCAUCCAUGAAACUUAUGUCAAAGAUUCCAAGAUUCUGUCCGACUGCUACUCUCAUUGAUGUGUUAGAAAAAGCGGUCUCAAUCUCAUGCCGUAGAGGGUGGUUUAGAAAAAGUGCUCAUGCCGUAGAGGGUGGUUUAGAAAAAGUGCUCAUGUCGUAGAGGAUGGUUUAGAAAAAGUGAGGCUCUCUAGUGUAUAUAGCUAGCACUACUCUGGAUGGUUCAUUGCUCGUACACAUCACCUACUUCAUACACUAAAACUUCAUGGAGAGAAGCAUGAGAGUUGUUUUACUACUAAUCAGGGUUCUUGCUAUUGCAACCAUUACUUUCAGUAUUGGUUUAUGCAAUGGAAUACCCGGUUGGCCUCCGCUUUGCAAAGAAAGCGAAAGACAAGCACUUCUGAUGUUCAAGCAAGAUCUCGAGGACCCUGCCAAUCGACUUUCUUCGUGGGUUGCAGAAGAAGGUUCAGACUGUUGCAGUUGGACAGGAGUUGUCUGUGAUCACAUAACCGGCCACAUUCACGAGCUGCACCUUAAUAGUUCCGACUCUGAUUGGGAUUUCAACCGUUCCUUCGGUGGUAAGAUAAAUUCUUCUUUGCUCGGUUUAAAGCAUCUCAACUACUUGGACUUGAGUAACAAUUAUUUCAGUACAACACAAAUUCCUAGUUUCUUUGGUUCUAUGACAAGUUUAACACACCUUAAUCUUGGAGACUCAUCGUUUGAUGGAGUAAUUCCUCAUCAACUAGGAAAUCUGUCCAGUCUACGCUAUCUCAAUCUCAGUAGUUACAUUCUGAAGGUUGAGAACCUUCAGUGGAUUUCUGGUCUUUCUCUGCUAAAACAGUUGGACUUGAGUUUUGUAAAUCUUAGCAAAGCAUCUGACUGGUUGCAAGUUACAAACAUGCUUCCUUGUUUGGUACAGUUAAUUAUGUCCGAUUGUGUACUUCAUCAUCCUCCCCCUCUACCCACCAUAAAUUUUACUUCCCUGGUCGUCCUUGACCUUUCUUACAACAGUUUUAAUUCUUUGAUGCCGAGAUGGGUUUUCAAUAUUAAAAAUCUAGUUUCUCUUCGUCUCACUGGUUGUGAUUUCCAAGGUCCAAUUCCUGGUAUUUCACAGAAUAUCACAUCUUUGAGGGAAAUUGAUUUGUCAUUCAAUUCUAUUAAUCUUGAUCCGGAUCCCAAAUGGUUGUUUAACCAAAAAAUCCUUGAAUUGAAUCUAGAAGCCAAUCAACUUUCAGGCCAACUUCCAAGCAGUAUUCAAAAUAUGACUUGUCUUAAAGUUCUUAAUCUCAGGGAGAACGACUUCAAUUCUACCAUAUCUGAAUGGUUGUAUAGCUUGAACAAUCUCGAGUCCUUACUUCUUUCUCACAAUGCCUUACGUGGUGAAAUAUCGAGUUCCAUUGGAAACCUUAAAAGUUUAAGGCACUUUGAUCUUUCAAGUAAUUCAAUAUCAGGUUCCAUUCCAAUGUCCCUAGGAAACCUGUCAAGCUUAGUAGAACUAGACAUAUCUGGUAAUCAGUUUAAAGGAACUUUCAUAGAAGUUAUUGGGAAACUCAAAUUGCUAGCAUAUCUGGAUAUAUCUUAUAAUUCGUUUGAGGGUAUGGUGUCGGAAGUUUCUUUUAGUAACCUUACAAAAUUGAAGCAUUUCAUUGCAAAAGGAAACUCAUUUACUCUGAACACCAGUCGAGAUUGGCUUCAUCCUUUUCAACUUGAAAGUUUACGAUUGGAUUCAUGGCAUCUGGGACCUGAAUGGCCAAUGUGGCUUCGGACACAAACACAGUUAACGGAUCUAAGCUUAUCUGGUACAGGAAUUUCAAGUACUAUUCCAACUUGGUUUUGGAACUUAACAUUCCAAUUAGGUUAUCUAAAUCUCUCUCACAAUCAAUUGUACGGGGAGAUUCAAAAUAUAGUUGUUGCUCCUUAUUCAGUAGUUGAUCUUGGUUCUAACCAAUUCACUGGUGCAUUGCCUAUUGUUCCCACCUCAUUAGCUUGGCUAGAUCUUUCCAAUUCAUCAUUUUCUGGAUCCGUUUUCCACUUCUUCUGUGAUAGGCCGGAAGAAGCAAAGCAACUUUCUAUUCUUCAUCUCGGGAACAAUCUUCUCACUGGAAAAGUACCCGACUGUUGGAGGAGUUGGCAAUACUUGGCAGCCCUAAAUUUAGAAAACAAUCUUCUCACUGGAAAUGUCCCAAUGUCUAUGAGAUACUUGCAACAGUUGGAAUCGCUGCACUUGCGCAAUAAUCACCUGUACGGAGAAUUGCCACAUUCCCUACAAAACUGUUCCUCGUUGUCAGUUGUUGACCUUGGUGGAAAUGGGUUUGUCGGAAGCAUACCAAUAUGGAUGGGGAAAAGCCUUUCAAGGUUGAACGUUCUUAACCUUCGUUCGAAUGAGUUUGAAGGAGACAUUCCUUCUGAAAUUUGUCAUUUGAAAAAUCUCCAGAUAUUGGACCUUGCACGUAAUAAACUCUCUGGAACGAUACCGAGAUGCUUCCACAAUUUGAGCGCCAUGGCUACUUUGUCAGAAUCAUUUUCGUCAAUCACGUUUAUGAUUAGUACUUCUGUUGAGGCUUCUGUAGUGGUAACGAAAGGGAUAGAAGUGGAAUAUACCGAGAUUCUGGGAUUCGUAAAAGGCAUGGAUCUUUCAUGCAACUUUAUGUAUGGAGAGAUCCCUGAAGAACUUACCGACCUCCUCGCAUUGCAGUCACUCAAUUUAUCGCAUAACCGCUUCACCGGAAGAGUUCCUUCAAAGAUUGGUAAUAUGGCAAUGUUAGAAUCUCUCGAUUUUUCCAUGAACCAACUUGACGGUGAAAUUCCUCCAAGCAUGACGAAUUUGACAUUUCUGAGUCACUUAAACUUGUCCUACAACAAUUUGACGGGACGAAUUCCGAAAAGCACUCAGCUGCAGAGCCUUGAUCAGUCUAGCUUCGUCGGCAACGAACUAUGCGGAGCUCCACUCAACAAGAAUUGCAGCGCAAAUGGGGUGAUACCGCCACCAACAGUUGAGCAAGACGGAGGAGGAGGAUACCGUUUACUCGAAGACGAGUGGUUCUACGUGAAUUUGGCAGUUGGAUUCUUCACGGGGUUUUGGAUUGUGCUUGGUUCUUUGCUGGUAAACAUGCCAUGGAGCAUUCUUCUUUCACAGUUGCAGAAUAGGAUGGUGCUUAAAAUGUAUCAUGUAAUUGUUAAAUAUGUUUAGGUCUAUAUGACGAAUAUGCCAGUAUGGUUGUGUUGUAUGAUUUUGUCAAAUUUCAUCCUCUUGUUUCAUUGUA